AUGCGGGAGGGUUUGAAGCGGCGCCGCGAGGGUGUGAGGCCGCAGUGACAGCGGCGGGCGUCCGGUCCGGACCCUGGCUGCCCCGCCAGACGGAGCGGCUCCUGACCCCCAGCCUCGGGUAUGGGACCCAGGCUGGGGCUCCACCGGCCCCUCCGACGCCCCUGGAAGAGGAAGACCUCCGCCGCCGGCUCAAGUACUUUUUCAUGAGUCCCUGUGACAAGUUCCGGGCCAAGGGCCGCAAGCCAUGCAAGUUAAUGCUGCAGGUGGUCAAGAUCCUGGUGGUCACUGUGCAGCUCAUCCUGUUCGGGCUCAGCAACCAGCUGGCAGUCACCUUCCGGGAAGAGAACACAGUUGCCUUCCGCCACCUCUUCCUGCUGGGCUACUCGGACGGGGCGGAUGACACCUUGGCAGCCUACACGCGGGAGCAGCUCUAUCAGGCCGUCUUCUACGCCGUGGACCAGUACCUGUUGCUGCCGGAGGUGUCGCUGGGCCGCUAUGCCUAUGUCCGGGGUGGGGGGGGCCCGUGGGCCAAUGGCUCGGCCCUGGCCCUCUGCCAGCGGUACUACCACCGCGGCCACGUAGACCCGGCCAACGACACCUUUGACAUUGACCCCACAGUUGUCACUGACUGUAUCCAGGUGGAUCCCCCCGAGAGACCCCUCGUGCCCCCCAAUGAUGCCCUCACCCUCUUGGAGGACAACAGUUCCAGUUACAAGAACCUCACGCUCAAAUUCCACAAGCUGAUCAACGUCACCAUCCACUUCCAGCUGAAGACCAUCAACCUGCAGAGCCUCAUCAACAACGAGAUCCCUGACUGCUACACCUUCACCGUCCUGAUCACCUUUGACAACACGGCGCACAGCGGGAGGAUCCCCAUCCGCCUGGACACAUGGGCCCACAUCCAGGAGUGCAAGCACCCCAGUGUCUCCAGACACGAAGAUAACAGUUUCCGGCUGCUGUUCGACGUGGUGGUCAUCCUCACCUGCUCCCUGUCCUUCCUGCUGUGCGCCCGCUCGCUGCUCCGCGGCUUCCUGCUCCAGAAGGAGUUCGUGGGGUUCAUGUGGCGGCAGCGGGGACGAGUGAUCAGCCUGUGGGAGCGGCUGGAGUUCGUUAACGGCUGGUACAUCCUGCUGGUCACCAGCGACGUGCUCACUGUCUCGGGCACCAUCAUGAAGAUUGGCAUCGAGGCUAAGAACCUGGCCAGCUACGACGUGUGCAGCAUCCUCCUGGGCACCUCCACGCUGCUGGUCUGGGUGGGCGUCAUCCGCUACCUGACCUUCUUCCACAAGUACAACAUCCUCAUCGCCACGCUGCGGGUGGCGCUGCCCAGUGUCAUGCGCUUCUGCUGCUGUGUGGCCGUCAUCUACCUGGGCUACUGCUUCUGCGGCUGGAUCGUGUUGGGGCCCUACCACGUGAAGUUCCGCUCGCUGUCCAUGGUGUCCGAGUGUCUCUUCUCGCUCAUCAACGGGGACGACAUGUUCGUGACGUUCGCGGCCAUGCAGGCGCAGCAGGGCCGCAGCAGCCUGGUGUGGCUCUUCUCCCAGCUCUACCUCUACUCCUUCAUCAGCCUCUUCAUCUACAUGGUGCUGAGCCUCUUCAUCGCGCUCAUCACCGGCGCCUACGACACCAUCAAGCACCCCGACGGUGCAGGCGCAGAGAAGAGCGAGCUCCAGGCUUACAUCGCGCAGUGCCAGGACAGCCCCACCUCCGGCAAGUUCCGCCGCGGGAGCGGCUCUGCCUGCAGCUUGCUGUGCUGCUGCGGAAGGGAGACCUCGGAGGACCACACGUUGCUGGUGAAUUGAUUGGACCGCCGCUGCCACUCACCCUGCAGACUGCAGGGAUCCUGAAUCCUACCGCCGCCCCUGCCGCUUAUUUAUUUUUAGACUUUGCUUUUAAAGAUCGGCUGCCUGCCACGGCCAGUCGGGUCGGACACUGGGGAGGGUAGGGGGAGAAUAGGGUGGGUGUUAAAUAAACCAGAAAAGAAA